UUAGUAAUUAAUACUGUCAUGCUUUAUUACAGAUGCUUUCUACAGUACUCAACAUUAUCAUGUUUGAGGACUGUCGGAACCAAUAGUCCAUGUCAAGGCCUUUACUGGGUCUUAUUCUACUUAACGAGGAGUAUUUUAACAAGUUGCGGGACAGCAUCAUAGCCAGCCAGCCCCCAGACAAACAGCAGGCCAUGGUCCAGUGCUUUGAGAACCUGAUGAGUGGAAUCGAGAGGUCCCUACACACAAAGAAUAGAGACAAAUUCACACAGAACCUGUCGCUGUUUAGGAGAGAUGUGGACGACUCGAUGAAGGCGGCCAACGGACAGAGUCCAACCCACUGUACACAGUUCAUGGACAUGAUGAACUAGUACACAGCAGGCUGUGUGUCAUGUGACCUCAUCAUGUGAUACAGUGAGCCAAUCAGACAUGUGUUCACAUUGACAUUCCUUAUCAUGUCUGAAACAGGCUGCGAUUGGGGCAUUAGGAGACAAUGUGAUUGGUUUUGUGGAUUUUCAACUUUCAAAGGUGGUGAAAUUGGUGCAUUGGUCUGCUAUCCCUUCUUUUUAUAUGGAUGAGGAACGAGGGUGUUUGGAAUGGAUGUGACUUAGGUGUAUGGAAUCAAUUAAAGUGCUAAUGGUAAUAGACUAGGAUCUGUGGCUGUGUAGGAGUGUGUAUAUCAGUGCCAACUGUUCAUUGUUAUGGGUUUUA